AUGGUACCUCUCCUGCACAGUAUCUUCACCAUUAUAGUAAUUGCAGAGUUCGUUUUGGGAAAUUGGAGCAAUGGUUUGAUAGUGCUGAAGAACUGCAUUGACUGGAUCAAUAAAAAUGAGCUCUCAACAGUUGAUAAAAUACUCAUUAUCUUGGCAAUUUCCAGAAUUAGUCUCAUCUGGGAAACACUACUUAUGUGGGUUAAAGAUAAAGUAGUUUCAUCUAUUACCACUGAAGAAUUAAAAGUAAUUGUGUUCAGCUUUAUACUAUCUAGCCACUUCAGUCUCUGGCUUGCUACAGCUCUCAGCAUCUUCUAUUUAUUCAGAAUAGCUAAUUGCCCCUGGCAGAUCUUUCUCUACUUGAAAUGGAGACUAAAACAACUGAUUGUGCUGAUGCUGCUCGGAAGCCUGGUAUUCUUGAUUGCAAAUCUGAUACAAAUAACCAUCACUCUUGAAGAGAAGUUCUAUCAAUAUGGAGGGAACACAAGUGUGAAUUCCAUAGAGAAUGAGUUUGCAAUUUUGAUAGAAUUGAUGUUAUUUAACAUGACUGUGUUCUCUAUAAUACCAUUUUCAUUGGCCUUAAUUUCUUUUCUUCUCCUAAUCUUCUCUUUGUGGAGACAUUUCCAGAAGAUGCAGCUCAGUUCCAGAGGACACAAAGACCCUAGUACUAAGGCCCACAGGAAUGCCUUGGGAAUUAUGAUCACCUUCCUCUUGCUCUAUACAACGUAUUUCCUCUCUCUUCUUAUAUCAUGGAUAGCUCAGAAGAAUAAAAGUGAACUGGUCCACACUAUUUGUAUGAUAAUUUCACUCCUAUAUCCUACAGCCCACUCAUUUAUCCUGAUUCUGGGAAAUACUAAAUUAAAGCAGACUUCUCUUUGGGUACUGAGGCAGCUGGGAUGUAGCCUAAAAGGACAGAAUACACCAACUACAUAA